AUGCCCACGCCGCUGCUGAUCCACGAAAUUGACGCUGCCCGCCAGUGGGUGCGUGAACGCCAGCGCGCGGGCGAGACCGUCGGCGUUGUGCCGACGAUGGGCGCGUUGCAUGCCGGGCACCUGUCGCUCGCCGAGGCGGCGACCAGGGGCUGCGACCGGGUGAUCGUGACGGUGUUCGUGAACCCGACCCAGUUCGCGCCGAGCGAGGACUUCGAGCGUUACCCGCGCGACCUCGAGGCGGACGCGAAGAAGCUCGGCGACGUCGGCGUCGAUGCGGUCUUCGCGCCGAGCGUCGAGGCGAUGUACCCGCCCGGCGCGACGACGAGCAUCGAUGUUGGUUCGGUGGCGCGUCCCUUCGAGGGAGCGAUCCGCCCGACGCACUUCGCCGGCGUGGCGACCGUGGUCGCGAAGUUGCUGCUGAUCGCCCCCGCGGACCGCGCGUACUUCGGGCAGAAGGAUUACCAGCAGACCGUCGUUGUGCGGCGGAUGGUCGCCGACCUCAACCUGCCGAUCGAGGUCGUCGUCUGCCCCACGGUGCGCGAAGCGGACGGCAUCGCGAUGAGCAGCCGCAACGCGUAUCUCUCCGCGGACGAACGCCAGCGCGCGCUGUGCUUGUCGCAAGGCCUGCGUGAGGCGGAGCAACUUCAUGCGGCGGGGGAACGCGAUGCUAGCACGCUGCGUGAAGCGGCCCGUCGGGCUAUCGCUUCCACCGAGGGGGUCGAGUUGCAGUACGUCGCGGUGCUGCGCGACGGGACGAUGGACGAGGUCGAGACCGUUGACGCGCCCGCCGUGAUCGCCGUCGCCGCGCGGGUGGGGCAAACGCGGUUGAUUGAUAACGUGAGCGCCCAGCGCCAAGCAACCAGCGCCUCGAUCAUGCUGAGCGAGCUCUUCCGCAUCCCCGUCGAAGCCGGCGGCGUCCCGAUCCUUGGGGCGGGUGUGCUGCUGGCGCUGUGGGUGCUUGGCUUCGGCGCGCUGAUGGGGUGGCAUGCGAUCCAGCCCGGCGUGGACGGCGAGUUCUGGGCUUAUACGCAACCGCUAGUGGUUGGCGCGCUGGUGCUGUUCUUCGCGCCGCGCUUCGCGCCGCAGGGCGUGCCGAUCCGUGGCUACGGCGUGAUGCUGCUCGUGGCGAUCAGCGUUGGCUUGGCGAUGGCGGUGCAUCGGGCGCGGAGACACGGCGUCGCGCCGGACACCAUCUUUGCGCUGGCGUUCUGGCUGUUCGUCGCGGGGAUCGCCGGCGCGCGGGCGUUCUUUGUCAUCGAGUAUUGGGAAGAGAAGUACGCCGGCCAGCCGCUCGGCGAGACGAUCAUCGACGUGCUGCAGUUCACCGAAGGAGGACUGGUGGUCUACGGCUCGGUGAUCGGGGGGCUCGGGGCGUUCGUGUGGUUUAUGCGCCGCCACCAGCUGCCGCUCUUCGGCAUCGCCGACAUCAUCGCGCCGUGCUUCAUGGCGGGAUUGGCGAUCGGUCGGAUCGGCUGCCUGCUCAACGGUUGUUGCUACGGCGGCGCGUGCGACCUGCCGUGGGCGGUGACGUUCCCGACGGAGAGCCCGCCGUUCAUGGACCAGCUCGUACACGGCGAACUGCACGGCGUGCGACUCGUCGAGAGCGAUGGCGUUCAACUCAUCGAAGAUGGCGCCGCUAAGAGGAUCUCGUCGAUCAACGGCGAGCCGGUCGCCACGCUUGAAGACACAGCGCGGGUGUUGAGCGAAGCCUAUGCCUACGCGAAGCCAGUCGAGUUGAAACUCGCCGAUGGCGACGUGGUCGAGCGGCCCGCCGCGACGCGGGCGCGGAGCCUGCCGAUCCACCCGACGCAGCUCUACAGCACGAUCGACGCGGGGCUCACGGCGUGGCUCCUGUGGGCGUGGUUCCCCCACCGCCGCCGCGACGGCGAGGUGGCGCUCCUCAUGUUCACGAUCUAUCCCGUGACGCGGUUCCUGACCGAGGCGAUCCGCACCGACGAGCCGGCCAUUUUCGGGACCGGGCUGAGCAUCUCGCAGAACGUGAGUCUCGUGGUGCUGGUGCUGGCGGUGCUUGGCUGGGCGUGGCUGUUGCGGACCCCCCCGGGGCGGCGCCUGCGGGAAGCGCCC